UAAUUUAUAUGCUCUGCUUAUCCAGAUCCAGUUUAAUUUGAGCUACUUAGCAGUGUGAUUUGCUUGUGGCCACUUGAUUUACAUAACCAUUCUUGAAAGAAACAUUGUUAUCCUCAAUUCCUCAUUGCUUACACAAGAGGAUGUUGUCUUUAAUCAGAAUUUGUUUAGGGCUGAGGGCUCAUAUACCAUUAGUGAGAAUGGAGUUAGUUGUAUUUGACUCCGAUUGUAUUUGACUCUUGCAUAGUUCUUAAUUAAUGAGAAUGCUGCUGUUGUGUGCUGUCCAGAUGGCAAGUAGUGGCGAUGUUGGACGAGCUAAUGCAUCUGCCGAGAGUUCUCAGAAUGAUGGAUACAAUCCGUUAAAAGAUCCAAGAAGAAGGCCAAAAUCUAGUGACCCAGGAUGGAAGUACGCCUAUUAUGUUGAACCUGGCAAGCGAGAUUUGAUCCAAUGCGCUCUUUGUCCAAGAAAGAUUAAAGGGGGAAUCAUUAGGGUCAAGCAGCAUGGGAGAAUUCUUAAUGAGAUGAGGAAGUUCACAAAAGGUAUGGACCUUGUGAGGAUGGCUGCUACUAGAUUUGCCACUGCAUUUCUCACCUUGAGGAGUUUACACAAGCAUAAGGAUGCAUUGAGAGCCUUAUUUUCUGGUGAUGUUUUUACUCGUUCCAAAGUGGCUAAAACAGAGGCAAGGAAAAAAGGUCUAUGAAAUUAUUUUCUCAACACAAUUCUAGAAUUCAGUUGAGGACUGCCUUAAGAGUUUCUUUACCUCUACUUGUUGUGCUAAGACUGGUAGAUGGUGAUGAGAAGCCUGCCUUGCCUGAGGUGGCAGCAGCUAUGAAUAUAGCAAAACAAAAAAUUUCAGCAUCAUUCUCCACUCAAAACAAGAAAGCUUGUCUCAAUCGCAUCAUGAAAAUUGUUGAGAACCGUUGGGUGAAACAAAUGGAUACUCCUUUGUAUGGAGCAGCACUAUAUUUGAACCCUGGAAAAUUCUACAAGAUGAAACAGAGUGAUGAUGAUGGCUAUGUUGGAGAGCUAAGGGGUUGCUUCAAUGAUGUGCUUGUUAAAAUGGUGACAGAUGAGGACCUUAGAGACAAAAUUGAUGGUCAGGCUGUCCUUUAUGAGAACCAAAGAGAAUCAUUUGCAAACCCAAUGGCUAUAAGGAACGCUCAAACAAGAAGUCCAAUUGACUGGUGGCUUGCAUAUGGUGGUAGAACCAUUGAGCUCUAUAAGUUUGCAAGGCGGAUUGUUAGUCUUUGUGCUUCAUCAUCCGGUUGUGAGCGAAAUUGGAGCACAUUUGAAUUUAUGCAUACCAAGAAAAGGAACAUGCUAGAGCAUGAGAGAUUGAAUAAUUUGGUGUAUGUUUCAUACAAUAGAAAGAUGGCCGCUAGGUUCCAAAAAAUGCGUGAAGAAGGAAAGAACUUUGAUCCUUUAGUUCUUGAAGAUUUUGAUUGGGACAAUGAGUGGGUUGAUCCAUUUGCUAAUUCAGCACCUAUUGGGGGUGAUCCUCUUUUCACAUGGGACCAUGUUGAUCAAGCCGCUGGUGCAUCUACACAACUUCAAGGACGUAAUUUUCCUAGGCGAGCUCAUGGUAGUCAUGUGUCAAGAAUUGUUCAAGAUGAAGAUGAAGAUGACGCUGAUGUGGGUGAAGAAAAUGAGAAUGAUGAUGAUUUUGUGCUUGAUGACCUUGAUAUGGAUGACGAUGAAGCAACAAACAAUGGUGGCAAUGGUGAAGAGGAAAGGAAUGGUGAUAUCGGUCUUGAUGAACUAGAUGAUGGUUUUUGAGACAUCAUAGAUGGGAGAUUGAAUAAUGCUUGUGUGCUUAUUAUUGUGCUUGUGGUUGUGGAUUUGAUUUGCUUGCUUAUGCACUUGUGCUUGUGGACUUGUCAUUCUACUAUUUUAUUUUGUUGUUUGCUUGAUUGCUUUGGUUGUGAACAUGUUAUUUUGGAACUAUUA